UUACGCACCAGUAGCGUGAUGGACGCAGUUUGACUUCUCGAUGCCUUUGAGUGGUUUCUCUCAGCACUGAGCCGCAUCACACCGGAGCUCCGGAGUUCAUGAGCGAUUAGCGGUGUGGGUUUGAACCGGACCCGUGUGAGCAGCAGAGCUGAUGGCGAGGAACACGCUGUCCUCCCGCUUCAGGAGGGUGGAUGUGGACCAGUUCGAUGAGAAUCGCUUCGUGGAGGAGCAGCAGGACGAAGCGGCCGAGCAGCAAGGACCGGACACCACCGAGGUGGAUAAUCUCAUCAGGCAAGGAGACAUGAUGGCAGCUUUCCACAUUGCACUACGAAACCCACCAAUUAACAGUAAGAACCCAGCAAUAAAGGAGAGAGCUCAGGCCGUCGUGUUGAAGGUGUUGACGUCGUUCAGGAGCAGCGACAUCGAGUCUGCGGUCAAAUCCCUGGACAAAAACGGCGUGGAUCUGCUUAUGAAGUACAUCUACAGAGGCUUCGAGAAACCCUCCGACAACAGCAGUGCAAUCCUGCUGCAGUGGCAUGAAAAGGCCUUUGCUGUUGGUGGACUCGGCUCCAUCGUUCGAGUUAUGACCUCGAGAAAGACGGUAUGACACAUUAGCAAGAGCAAGCACAUCGGCCCCAGAGAAGGGCAAAAGAGGAAAAGCUGGUUUUCCUCCUGAAGGGAAAAACAUUGUCACUGAUUCUUUUUUUGGCUGUGAACUUUUUGAGAGCUGGAGAGAGACGUGCUAAAACAAACGGAGCUAUUCUUUACCUGUGUGGAAACAGUAAUGUGAAAGUGCUAUUACUGGGGCUGGGAGAGGUUAUUUUCAUACAAGCUACAAUAAAUUAUUUGAAAACUAUGGAGUAUGUAUAUGGGUUUAUAUAAGUGCUGAGGAAACAGUGAGAGUGGUUGGGCACUUGGGGGGGGGGUUACUGCAGGGACACUAAGCUGGGUAAAUACACAGGGUUCCAUUAGUGCAAAUGGAAUAGUGAACUGUAGCUAAUAGUUUGAGUGAGUGAGCUUAGGUGUGCUGCAUGAACAUAGUGUGAGAUUCAGAAUUCAUUUAUUCAUUAUGUCAGUUGCUUCUUGGUGCCCUUGUUCUUUUAGUACAGAGAGAGCUUGUAGUUACUUUAAGGUUUGGUUUGAAGGAGGGUUGCAUCCCAAAGGAGGUCAAGGGGGAUCACUAUGAAGUGCCUGCUAUAAUAAAGCUGUUGGAUCUUCA